UUUUCUAUCUCCAUGCAUAUAAGUGCGCAUAUAUUUUUUGUAAAGGCUCAAAACCACCUGGUGAAUAUUUCAAUCCAGGAUAUGACUGCUUGGAGAUCUUAACUCAAAACAGGAAGGCAAAAGAUGGUUAUUAUUGGGUAGACUUUCAUCGUCCAGUUCCAUACAAGGUUUGUAGUUAAAAUUAUAUUAUGCUACCCUAAACUAAUAGAUCAUGAUCGACAUCCCUAUGUAUGGCAUUUGUGGCAGUUAGCAUGCAACCCACAGCUAACACAGCAUUUAGUUUUUAACACCAAAGACAAGCCAUAUAAAACCUUUGUUAGUAUAUGAUAAAUCCUCAGUACAACCACCCCAAAACAGCCGCAACGAUGCACCAAGGCCUAAAACUGCAUACAAUUGAACUGUCUAGUAAUAAAAGUUAACCACACUCAUUCGCAACCGCGUUGUCUUGAAAAUAUUUACAGGUAUGGUGUGACAUGAGUACAGAUGGUGGUGGAUAUAUGUUAAUUGGGCGAAUGAAUGAUACCGUUACUUGGGAUGUACCAUCAAACAACUCUACAGUGGAACCAUUUGAUGUUUCUCAGUGGUCGAGCGUGUUUGGCGAUAUACCUAUAUUGGAUUUUAGAGUACAGGUUGCUGCCGAUGAACAACAUAAACAGAUCAAAGCACACUGGUAUACGUCUUGCCUUAUUUCUCUGCUUAAUAAAAGUUUUCUCAAAAUAUUCAACAUUAAACUAUUUUAACCGAAUAACUUUUAUAUAAUCAACUUUUAUAUUUUUUUUAACUCUUCUUCCCAAGGUCCCGCCUUGCCAAGUUAAAUAGUUUGUGGCGAUGUACAGUCGUAUUAACUCCUAUUAAGCGGAUACCUUUGGGACUUCACCAAUGUGUCCACUUAAAAGGGGUGUAUGCUUAAUAGGGCAACAGAAGUUUGCAACAGCGAACACAGCAGGAGGUAUAACGCCCAACUACUUUAGAAACAAUAGUGAUCAAAGGCAAACGUGUGCUGGUUAUGGCGUGGGAACUUCCCUGCAUGCGAGUUCAUAUUUCGAGGAGACAGUUUUUGCAAUUGCUUGUUUUCGAUUAGCUCAGGUUAUUAGCGUUUAUAGUACAUAGAAAUACUGCAAAAUAUUAAUAACAAAUAUUUGUCUAGUGAAUUUUCUUCAAAUUGAUUUUUACUAUUGAUUGUUAUGAAAAUUUAAUUUAGCAUAUUUACAUUCAUCAGUUACGUUUUCCUCCAGCUAAGUGUCCGCUUCCGCUUAAUUAACAGAGGUGUCUGUGGAAUAGGGGUAAUGAUAACAGUAUUUUAUUAAAGAAAUCAUUGGGACCGGAAGUAUGUGUUCGCUUAUAAACAUUUUCUAUGAUGAUUUAGUAAGGUUAUCGAGAUAUAAUUCAUACCUUGCAGUGUCUAAAAUAUCGUAAUGCAAAAUACAGAGAACAACCACCAGGGAACAUAUCGCGUGAAUCUCUCUACGCUGUCCUAUAGAAAACUAAACUUUGAAAUUACUGAUGAUGAUUCCAUCUCCUUACACUCGGACCAUAAAGCUAUAUCUUUUGACUUAAAAUUGCAUCAACGACCAAAACAAUCCACCGAGCGAAUACUUUAUUUAAUUUAAAAUUAUUCAAAGGGGGAUUUGUUGGCCUCCUAAACUGUCUUCAGAACGCUUCUUUAGUGGAUUUAGUUCGCAAUAACUGUGACGACAUUAAUGUUGCUUGGUCCAAGUGGAAAGCUGCUUUCCUUACUGCUGCCGAUAGUUUUAUUCCGAAAACAUCGCUCAAGCGUUCCUUCACGCCUCCUUAUAUCACCAAGGAUCUACUUCACGCCAUCAACAUGAAGGAGUCCCUAAGGAGAAAAGCAAAGGCUAAGAACUCGCCUCAAUUGUGGGAGAAAUUUCGCAAGACUCGGCAACAUGUCAAAUGUUAGAUUAAUCCCAAGAAGAGAGAAUACUUAUCUGGACUUUCUCAAUCCUUACACAAUAGCUCUAAAUCAUUUUGGAGAUUUUUUAAGUCUAAAUCUUCAAAAUCUUCCAGACCUGAUGUAAUUAAGAUAGGUGGUUUUAAACUAUUCUCUUCUGAAGAAAAGCCUGAUAUUUAAUACUUAUUUUGCGUCAGUUUUUACCGACACAAAUUCUUCUUUACCUUUAAUCUCUCCUUCGCAGUCAUCAUAAAACUUUUUUGACUCGAUAAUUGUUUCUGAAUUUGAAGUUAUCCAGUUUGUCACCCUCUAAGGCUACUGGGCCUGAUGGCAUACCAGCAUAUCUUUUAAAGCGCUGUUCCGAAGUCAUCGCUCCGUCUUUAACAGGUCUAAUCGAGUUAUCUCUUCAGCAGGGUGUAUUUCCUUCUGAAUGGAAAUCUGUUAAUGUGGUUCCAAUACCUAAGAAAGGUGACGCUCAUGAAGUCACCAACUACAGACCUGUUUCAUUACUCUCCCACGUCUCAAAAGUACUUGAACGCUUGAUUUUUAGACAGGUUUCUUCUUUCAUUAAGGACUCUUUGUAUGACAUUCAACAUGGCUUUCGCUGCAAUAGAUCAUGUGUUACUUUACUUUUGAAUGUGUUUCACGAUCUCGGUCGUGCUCUUGAUUCUGGCAAUGAAAUUGAUCUUCUUUAUUUUGAUUUUGCUAAAGCUUUUGACUCCGUUUCUCGCAGCAAACUCUUGUUCAAACUAAAUCUUUUGGAAUUUCCGGUCAACUUAACUGGUUCGCUGAUUAUCUCCAUAACUGGAAACAGCGUGUCGUUAUCGACGGAGUUUCUUCAUCUUUCCUUAACGUUAAAUCUCGUGUGCGGCAAGGUAGUAUCAUAGGUCCGCUACUUUUCAUUUUGUAUGUGAAUGAUUUUCCAGAGGUAACUAAGAAUACUAUUGUUGCACUUUUUGCUGACGACAGUAAAUGUUACCAUGCGCGCAGUUCAGUCACCAACCGAUCGAGAUCUCCUACAGACUGAAUUGAAAUUUAAUGUAUCUAAGACGCUCUUGCUCAGGGCAUCUCGGAAACGCAACUCUCCAACUCACUCUUACCACCUUAACAAUCAACCUGUUUAGACUGUAGCCAAUCAAGUCGACCUGGGUGCGGUUGUGAGCAAUGACCUUAAGUGGUCCCCUCACAUUGCCAGCUGUACUGCUAAAGUCAACCGUUUGCUUGGUUUUCUUCGCAGAAAUUGUCCUCAAAUCACUGAUACUCGCUGCAGCCGCCGGCUUCUCUAUCUCUCGUCUGAUCUCACCUGUUUUACACCCGUGAGAUCUGGGUACCUCAAGCCUCGUCACGCGAUCUUGCGAUCCUGGAGAAACUUAAGUUAUUGCCUAUAUCUUACUGGCUUGAAAUAAAGGAUCUCAUCUUUUUUUUUUCAAAUGCAAACAAGGCCUCUACGACCUAAAUAUCUCUUUUUUGUCACCUUUUCUUCUAAUCGCUCAUCUCGCACCCGUUCAAGCACGGACAACCUGCUUCAAGUCAAUCCGUGCAAAACCUCUCUUUUUAGAAACUCUUUUUUUAACCGAAUUGUCUUUCAUCCUUUAAGCUCCAGCUCCAUAUUCACUACUUUUCUCAAUUAGACUGAUCUUCUUUCGAUGUUAACAGAAUGCGCACUUGGAAAACCUACUGCUCUAAAUGCCAUUCUUUCAACUUAAGCUGUUGCUCAUAAUCUAAACUAUUACUUUUCAUAUAGUUAUGUAAAUAGUGUUCUAGUCCUUGUCUUUAAUGUAUAUCUACUUACUGUUUUGUAUCAGGUUGGUCUUCACAUGGGACUCAUGUCCUGUAAUUGACCAUACCUUCAAUAAUUGUUAUAAUUUUGUAUGAUUGUAAAGUUAAUAAACAAGACUAUAAAGUAUUAAUUCAACGAUAUUUCGGUAACGUAUCCGGUAUCCCAUCAACAGCCGAGUACACUGUAAUAUUGUCAUUAAGAACACUUGCCACCGAACACAUGCACACAUACUGUAUAUAGCCUCAUUCCCGCUAUUCUAUACAAGCUCUAUAAGUUUGGAGUUUAAAUAAAAUCGCCACUGUAUUGUAAUAAGAAUUUAACCUUAUUUGACAUCGGUAUUUUUAGGUCAUUUCGGUUCAAAAAUAAACGUCCAUUAAAAAAAUUGAUGAUGGUGAAUGAAGGUGGAUGUCCAUAUAAUCAGCCUGGAGUUGGAGACAUUUCCUACGUAAAAAAUUUGAUGACUGAAGAAAUUUCUUCAAAAGAUUUUCCAUGUUCAGUAUUUGGUGCUUAUAGUCAUCCUUCAGCUAAGCUUGGUUGGGUACGUGCUAUACAGAGAUUAUUCGUGCAAUGCAAUAUCCAAAAAUCACCCUUACUCGCCGCUCAUGAUCAUUUAAAUACGAAUUGUCUGCUCUCGAGUGAAAUUUCUAUAUUUCUAUAUUUAGAAGACUCCAAAUUUCUAUAUUGCAUGUCGAGAUUCCAAUUUUCUCAGCUGAUCAGCGUGAACUGUGCAUGAAGCUAGUUAAACAUAUACAGCUAUUUCAAUCAGUUAAGGUUGUCCAGAAGCAAAGCGGAAAAGUCGAAUACGAGCGCGAAAGGCUGCUGGGAAUCGCUAAAAAAUUAAUGAAUUUAUUAGCUAUUCCCAGUAUUCUUUCGCGCUCGUAUUCGACUUUUCCGCUUUGCUCGGGGACAACCUUAAUUGAAAUAGCUGUAUUUGCCUGUAUCAGUUCUAAAAGCUCACUCACGCUCACACUCAAGGAGUGAAUGUUCAAUCUGAGCUUGCCUUGAGUGUCAAUGCUGUUUUGUAUAGCUGGAGGGUGAGUAGUCACAUAGUAAGGUACGAUACUAACCAUACCCAGCUAUUCAAAAACAGCACUGACUGUGACACUCAAGGGAAGCUCAGAUUGAACCUCCACUCUUUGAGUGUGAGCAUGCGUGAGCUUUAAGGAUACAGGCGAUAGACUGCAUGGGUGGCAGGAGCUAUAUAUUAUAUAAGUUUACGGUAUUUAGUCAAGGGAGAUAAAGCUUCACUGAAUCGUUAAAAUGACGGAAAUUCAAAUAUUUUUAGCGCUCUCAAUGUUUGCCUGGUUAAACGAUAAAUUUACAUUUCUGUGUUUAGACUAUGAUGAAUUCUUGUCUGGAAGAGUCAUGUUCCUAUGGAUUUGCCUAUCAUCACCUAUUUCCCGUUCAGGUUGAUUUUUCUGGUGGAUUCAGGUAACCUUUUUAUUUAUUUCUGAGUAUAAAAAAUAAGGUGUAGUUAGUUGGUGGAAUUAUAGGCGCAAAAAGGGAAGGAUCUAAUCAUUGCUUGCAUUCUGGCUUUUGAUGUCAAGCUAUAACAAACACCCAGCGUGGAGGAAGAGAGGAAUUAAAGUAGCGAGAGGAAUUAAGAAUGUGACAAGUCGCAAAAUACGAAGAUUAUUCAAAUUGUAGUCUGCACAAGAGCAUUUUUUUCUCGUCUAAUGGAAAGGCCAAAACUGUUAUAGAUAGAAAGAUUAUCCCAUGCUAUGUGGAAGUAUAUAGAUCAAGGUAUUCUUGACUAGAUUUUAGGUGCAGUUAUCACGCGACAGUUAACCAUUACCAAAAUGUUAGGCUAUUGAGCUGAAAUUAUUAGUUUUGAUUUUGUUUUCAUUUGGACAGUUUUCUUGCUGGAAAUAAUUCUGGAACAAUAAGUGAUGGCACUACAGCAUUUUUCGGAUGCGACAAAGGAAAGGUAUAACAUGCGUUUGAGUUACGCGUACAUGAGCUGGUAACACUCACGAUCCCAUGCAUGAGCACAGUUACAGAAGUAUUGUUUUAAAUCUUUGUGCAAUUCUUUUGCUUGUACGUGACUUGUUAUAUAUGUAUACACUUUCUUAAAUUAGCAAAAAUAAGACUAUUGUUAUUACGAAAGUCACCGAACUGUGGAAUCGCAUCAAAAAUGCGUAUCGCCGCCACUCCCACAAACGUCUACGACCGCACCUACAUAUUUUUGCAUGUUUACAAUUCUAAUUUUAAACAGCGAAUCUGGUUCUUGGUAACAAUUACAAUUAAACGUCGAUUGGCUGUUUAAAAUUAGAAUUGUAAACAUGCAAAAAUAUGUAGGUGCGGUCGUAGACGUUUUGUGGGAAUGGCGGCGAUACGAAUUUUUGAUGCGAAUUCCACAGUUCGGUUACAUUGUAAUAAGUGCAAAUUAUUUAUUCAUUUCUACCCUUGUGUUGUCUUCUAGCAACUAUAUAUUUUUCAUGAAAAAAUAAAAAGUAGAACUAAACUCUAGUUUAAAGGGCGAAUAUGUUUGCCAUUUAAUUAAUUAAUUAAAAAAUUACCGUUAAUAAUAUUUAUGAUUUGGUUGACCAUAAUUUUAUGCACGUAUUUAGUUUUCUGGUUUUGACAGUCAUCCCUAUUUUGUCUGGGAAUUAUUGUACCUGCAUGUAUAAAGUAUGUAUGGUUGACGCCACAGUUGGCACUGUAGAACACUCUACCAUAAUUAUCAUUCUAGCUGUCAUAUUUAUGAGUAGCCUAGUACAUCUGUACAUGUCAUCCCCUACGUAUACCAUUUUCAGACUUUAUGAAUUUGUGUUUUACCACAAUCUAAUACAGGAGAUAAAUGCAAGUUGUUUGUUGAAUGUAAUUUAUGGACGGUUAUAAUUAGGCAUUUAGUGUCUUCCCCUGAAAGCAGCAUUGUUAAUAUAGAUUUUAUUUAAUUAAAUAAUUAUAUUAAUUAAAAGGACAAUUAUACCAGUACGAUCAUAUUACAAAACAGAAUGCUGAGAUUUUUGUAUUUAAGACGAUAUAUUGAUAUUAGACUUCAUUGUGUAUAUUUUACAUUAGUGCUGUGCCUGUUACGGACCAGCUGGUGGCAGCGAUAUUUACUGUGAGAAAGAAUGUAAAGCUAAAAACGGUGGUACAGUUACAACGAACGCUCAUGCUUGGUUUUGGGUAAGAUUGAAUCCCCCACAGAAAGUCUGGGAGAAAUGCAUGGAGUACAGGACUGAAGAGGAGAAUGGUGAUGCAGCAUGGUACAAAUUGGUUGGAGAUAGAAAUACACCUGUGAAGGUUAGAUAUAAAAAGAUCAUAAUACAUAUACUAGGUCUACAUGCAGCACAACGUUAUUGCAGAACUGGAGGAAAUUCUUAUAAUAUUGCAUGUUGAAUGACUUUGCUUUUGUUAGAUGGUCACUACCAUUUUGUUACUUUCAGACAAAGUACUUCAAUUUGCUCCAAAUAUCGAAAUUCUCUUUUUUAAUUUUUUAAGCAGGCGCUAACUUACUGAUGGUUUGAUAUAUGGAUACCGUCAAAGGAAAUAAGCAUCGAUUUAAUGAUUGAUAUUUAUUGUUACCUGUUAUAGUAAAAGGUGCUUUAUUUAAUAUAGGGUCGAUGUGGAAAAAAUGAAGCCAUUUUAAAUGAUGGGGUAAGAAUUCAAAGUUCUGUUCAGAUAAAUUACUCGCCGAAGACGAAGUGGUUAUUCUCUUGUGCUGCUUUUUAGCAGGACGAAUUUUACCAGGCACAUAAUAUUGGACCAUUUUUAAAUGAAUAUAUAAUGAAUGUUUGAAAUACCUUUAUAAAAUAACAUGUAUACAGCUAUUUCAAUUAAGGUUGUCCCCCGAGCAAAGCGGAAAAGUCGAAUACGAGCGCGAAAGGCUGCUGGGGAUCGUUAAUAAAUGAAUGAAUUUAUUAGCGAUUCCCAGCAGCCUUCCGUGCUCGUGUUCGACUUUUCCGCUUUGCUCGGGGGACAACCUUAAUUGAAAUAGCUGUAUAACGCGUGCUCUGAUUAGUCGAAACGCGUGUUUGGAUCAGGCCAUCCAAACACGGAAAUUUAAAGUGAAAGUUUUUUAAAGUGAAAUUUUAACACAGAAAGUCGUUAUUUUAUAAAACAAUUAUUUUAUGGUUUCCGUGUUUGGAUGGCCUGAUCCAAACACUUGGGAAUGUUGCUCGAGUUAAGAAAAGCGCGCAAAAUCACUUGCCUUCGGCUCGUGUUUCUUGCGCUUUUAACUCUCGCAACAUUCCAACCUUGUUUCCAGGGCCUUUUUUGAAAAUGCGGCGCAUUUUCUUUUAAAAAAAUGAUUUCUCUUAGUAUAAUCAAUUAUUUUGACAAUUUUAAAAAAUUCUGUGGAGCUAAAAAAAUAUUAUUAUGAAUAAUCACCUUUUAAUACGUAAUUUAGAAAAUUUUGACUCCACAGAAUAUUUUUUAAAUUGUCAAAAUUAUUGAUUAUACUAAAAGAAAUAAUUUUCUAAAAUAAAAUUUGGGGGUCACAGAUGUCGUUUACGAGUUAAAUUACUUUAAAGCCAAAAUAUCCGCCAUCUUCACACGUCAUUGUUGCCAUACCAACGGCGGUUGCGUAACUUUUGUACAAAAAAUCAAACUCUUUAGAUGUUGUUUUAUAUAAGUAAGGUACUUUUUGUUUAUCAACAAGUAAUAAUUGUCCAAAACUGCGCAUCUAAAUCGUGAAUUUUCCAUUUUUAAAAAACUGUAUUGAGCCACCUUAACAGGCGGUAUCGCUGUAUCUACUUACUACUCUCUUUAUAAUUAUAUUGUGUUCGAAUAUAUUUUAGAUUGUGGUUGUUCCUGAUGAUGUCACUUUUGAUAAUGUGCCACAAAUUACUGGAUUGUUGACUUAUCAGAAGGACGCUGAAAUACUCCGCUUAAGAAAAACCGAAUCGUGGAAAGUUGUAGCGGAAGAGGAGAUGGUAAAGCUCUCUCUUUCCAAAAUUAAUAUCUUUG